UUAUGAAUAAUUUGAAUACAUUUUCAAGAAAGAAUCUAAUAAGACUUAAAAAUAUAUCAAUAAAAAUGUAAUCUUCUUCUGUUUGCCUCUCUUUUUCUCAUCAUUAUUUUUUUUAUAACACUAGGAAAUAAAACACACCGCAAUUCUCUCACUACACAAAUAUACAUACAUAAAUUGAACAAGAAAGAAGACUUUUAUUUGGUAAGAUUAUUUUUUAUUGAAGGCAAAAUCAUGAAGAGGAAGAGAGAAAUGGAGAAGAAAACAGAGAUUAAAUCUGCUAUUCAAGAGCUUUCUUUGCUUAUCAAACUUAUUCGUCGCGCUACUUUAAGUAACAACAAUAACAGCAAUUCUGUUAUGGUUCUGUCUUCUCCUGCUGCUACUGAUGCUGAUGGUACCACUGCGGCUGCUGAUGCUGUUGUCGCGACUGCUGAUGCUGGUGUUGCUGAUGUAGUGACUACAGAUCAAAUUCAACAAGAACGGGUUGUUUCUUAUAUACCUACAAGGCCUUUUCUGUCAAUAUGCACCUUGAUCAUUCAAGUUCUUGAUAAGAUAGGACCUACCAUGGCUGUAAUGAGACAAGACAUCCACAAGAAUGUUCAGAGAUUGGAGAUGCUUUGCGAUUCUGAUCCGACAACAUAUUCAAAUUUGGUAGAGAUAUUAAACAAAGAAGCAGUUGAACGAUGUGCCAAAAAAGGUGAUAGCUGUAGCAAAGCCUUGCUUUGGCUAACCAGGACCUUAGACUUCACGGCAGCAUUACUUGAAAAGCUAGUAGCUGAACCAAGGGAAAGUAUGGAGCAAAUUGUGGCCAAUUCUUACGAAACCACAUUAAAACCUUGGCAUGGAUGGAUUUCAGCAUCUGCUUACAAAGUAGCUCUAAAAUUAGUGCCUGAAACUGGUACACUUAUUCUCCUACUCAUGGACAAAGGUGAUGAUAUUGACUCCUUCAAAAAUGACAUCCAAGCUUUCAUUUCAUUACUUUUGCCCCUUUUGGAAGAUCUACACUCUACUCUUAGCUCAUUUCGGCUGGAGAAGGUCAAAUCUACAUAAGGACGUUGAUCGACUUGCAAAUAUUAAUAUGACUUACUUCUGUACAUAGUUACUGAAAAGAAAUAGAGAUUAAUUUUCUAGGCAAUCCUACUUCAUGUUUUAAUGUAUACGUACUUAUGUAAAUACGUAUGUUGUUGAAGAUUAAGACUUCUAUCAAUAAUUAAUCACCUAAUUAUAAUUGUUUAUUAAUA